GAGACAAAAACAAGACCCCAGCUUGUCGUAUAUACAUACAUACUGGCCUGACUGUUUCCUGCAGACUCUUACAAGAACAUUUCGGUAUCUUUUUACAUUUUUGGACACCUUGUGAAGAUGAUGGGGACAAUUGCCAUCCUUUUCCUAUGCAGCUUUGUUGUGGGCACGGUCCAGGUCACAGUGACCCUGGAGGCAGACAGGCCACUGCUGAAGGUGUGGGUCUUGGAGAGGGUCCAGCUGCAGUGCUGCUUCAAUGUUAUAGAGGGAACGCUGCACUCCAGAUGGGUGAUGUACCGUCAUAAUGGCACCAGCCAAAUCAAUAAGACUUUUGUGACAGAGCCCAAGGAGUUCCAGCGGUCUGGUCGCUGGUGUGACAAUCUGAACAUCUCUUUGGUUCAGAUGAAUGACUCUGGGCUCUACCUGUGUUUGCUCAGUGGCAGCAAGAACUACAGCCUCAAAACACUCGGCACCCACCUAUGGGUGUACGAGUCACAGGAGAAGAUCCUCAAUUUCAGUGAAAGCACCAAAAACAAGAUCCUGACCGCUGAGGGAAUCUUACUCUUCCUGUGUGUGAUUCUGCCCUCCACUGCGCUACUCUUCCAGUCAAAGAAAAUAUCUCAAAUGGAGAAGAACGUAAAGAAGCAAGAAGAAAAUAUAUACCAGGGUCUGACCCUCGAUGACUGUGGUUCCAUAUAUGAACAGAUCGAGCAUUGUCAAGUGGAGGACCCUUAUGAAGAUGCAGGAAAUAUGGACUUCCACCUGGCAAAACCCUAAUUGCAAGAUAACUAAACAGCACCCCUAAAAUAUGAGCAAUAUCAUUUUUUUAAUCCUGUGUUCACAAGAUAUUAUAGUGUGUGCUUUUGUAUGCUGUAUCUUAUACCUGCUACCACAAGAUGAUUUUGACAAGAUAACUUCAUUUUUGGCAAGAUAAUAAUCAGUUUAUUCUAUGUGUAGAAGAUAAUAUAGUGACAUGUUAAGUUUAUUCCGUGUGUAUAAGUUAAUACAGUUACAUGUUCCCACAUGUUUAUUUUAUAUAUACACAAAAUAAUGUAGCAGCAUGUUUCCACAAGUUCAUUCUAUAUAUACAAAGUAAUGUAGUAAAAUGUCCCACAGGUUUAGGCUGUAUGUACAAUUUAAUACAGUUACAUAUUCCCACAUGUUUA